UGGAGGCUGGGCCUCCCCGGACUGGGCCAGGUGCUUCCUGCCAGCGGAGCUGCUUCCUGCUGCCGGACACCAGCACCUUUGCCCUCACUCUGGGUCUGUGUCCUCCCUCCCUCUGCAGAUGAGUAAUGUCUCAGUGAUCCUGGGGACAGCUGGCGUCCCCCUGGUGUCAGUGACCUGGCCACAACCCAGCCCCCCGCCGUCCGUGCCAGCUGGGCUGCAGAUGGACCGCAUGGGGAAUGGCUCCGCGCUGGCCCGAGGAGUCUCAGGCAUCUUCGUGUGGACUGCCCUGGUCCUCACCAGCCACCAGAUCUACCUGCACCUGCGCUCCUACACCGUGCCGCAGGAGCAGCGCUAUGUCAUCCGCCUGCUCCUCAUUGUGCCCAUCUAUGCCUUCGACUCCUGGCUCAGCCUCCUCCUCCUGGGAGACCACCAGUACUACGUCUACUUUGACUCUGUGCGAGACUGCUAUGAAGCCUUUGCCAUUUACAGCUUCCUGAGCCUGUGUUUCCAGUACCUGGGAGGAGAGAGUGCCAUCAUGGCCGAGAUCCGUGGAAAGCCCAUCAAGUCCAGCUGCUUCUACGGCACCUGCUGCCUCCGGGGCAUGACCUACUCCAUCGGGUUCCUGCGCUUCUGCAAGCAGGCCACUCUGCAGUUCUGCCUAGUGAAGCCCGUCAUGGCCAUCACCACCAUCAUCCUCCAGGCAUUCGGCAAAUACCACGACGGGGACUUCAAUGUCCGCAGCGGCUACCUCUAUGUGACCCUCAUCUACAACGCCUCCGUCAGCCUCGCCCUCUACGCCCUGUUUCUCUUCUACUUCACCACCAGGGAGCUCCUGCGGCCCUUUGAGCCUGUCCUCAAGUUCCUCACCAUCAAAGCCGUCAUCUUCCUGUCAUUCUGGCAGGGGCUGCUGCUGGCCAUCCUGGAGCGAUGUGGGGUCAUCCCGGAGGUGGAGACCGUCAGCGGGAACAGGCUAGGGGCUGGCACGUUGGCCGCUGGCUACCAAAACUUCAUCAUCUGCAUGGAGAUGCUGUUCGCCUCUGUGGCCCUGCGUUACGCCUUCCCCUGUGAGGUGUAUGCAGAGAAGGACAACUCGCCAGCUCCCCCGGCACCCAUGCAGAGCAUCUCCAGCGGCCUCAGGGAGACAGUGAGCCCCCAGGACAUCGUGCAGGAUGCCAUCCACAACUUCUCUCCCACCUACCAGCACUACACACAGCAGGCCACGCACGAGGUACCCCGACCUGGUACCCACCCUGGUGGCAGCUCUGGUGGGAGCAGGAAGAGCCGGAGCCUGGAGAAGCGGAUGCUGAUCCCCUCAGAGGACCUGUAGAGGGGCCUGGCCUGCUGGCACCUAGCUAGGGACCCAGGUUGCCCAGGCCUCUGGGAAGAAUAGGGUCCCCGACCCACCAACCCUCCUGCCAAAGGUGGGGCCUCUCCUGAGAGCCCUCCUAUGAGGCCCUCGGAGCCCACUUCCCAUCCUCCCUCCAGCCCGGUGUUCAGGGCACUUAAUGGCCCUGCCAGGCACCCAGGUGGGCCGGCCGCCCCAGGAGAAGGCACCUGAGCCAAACGGAAGAGCCUGGGGACACCCUGGGAUCACCUGCCAUCAGUCCCUAGGGUCACUGUGGGGCGGGCAGUGAGUGUGGCUGCAGGGCCUCGGCUGCACGGGCCUCAUGAGAACUGUGAGUGGGUCAGACGCCCCGACUCGAGACAGACAGUGGACGGAUCCCAGGCUGGGCAGCUGCAGGGAGGGGCGCUAGGGCAUUGGGCAGCCCAGCCCUGACACAGCAGCUCUGGGUGCGGCAGGCUGGCAGGGUCCACACAGGCUGGCUGGGGCUGGGCCUCCUCAGAGCCUGCUGCGGCCAUUGUGGGCACGUGGAGAAGGGCCCACAUGACUCCACAUGCCAGCCACAGGGAGCCCUGGCCAGGCGCCCACAAGGUGUGCCUGGGAUGGUUCACAGAACCACUGGGUGUCUGUGAGGCUGGCCAGUGCCACAGGGCUGCGAGAAUCGCUCUUAUUUAAACACCUUGGAUUUUC